AUGGUGCCAGAAACUAAUAUAAAUGACAACGCUGAAGAUUCGAUCUAUAACGAUGCCAAGAGGAAAGUUAAUGAUGAAGAGAAAAUUCAUGAUGAAGAAAACAAUUUCGAAAAAAAGUUGGAAGAUGACUCUAACAAUGAAUUGAUCUCAGCAGCAAGCCGUUAG